AUGUAUCCGGAGCUGCCUCGUCUGGGAGCAAGCACCGCGGAUCAGAAGGGCAUUGAGUGCUUGCUUUCGGCCUUUGUCAUUGACGGCGGCAUCUUUCAGCAAGGCGUCAAGCUACUUCCGCCGGAACUGCCGUUCCUCAAGGAUCCAAAGUAUUUCAAGGACAGAAGCGACUACACGGGGACAACGAUGAGCGCAGAAGUGUUGACGAAAGUACGGCCCGAAGCGCUGAGGGAGGUUGCUGCGGCGUUUGAGCUGCUGGAGACGACCAUGUUGGCGGACGGGCGAGAGUGGAUCUUGAAGACGGAGAAGCCGAGCCUGGCGGACAUUGAAUCUGUCUGGGUGUUUCACUGGAUAUCGGGGAUUCCUGGGGCGUUGCCAAAGGAAGGGUUUUCGGCGGACAAGUAUCCGCGGGUUUACGCGUGGAUUAAGCGCUUCCAGGAGGCGGUGACGGCGGCAAAGAAGAGAAUGGAGGAGCCUAGGACGUUGGACGGCGAGGAAGCGGCGAGGGUCAUUGAGGGCUCAUCGUGGCAUGAGGAAGAGGGAGUUGUGGAUGAAGGAGACGCGCUGGCGGUGGCGGAGGGGCUGAAGAAGGGUGUCGUGGUGAUGAUUUCGCCGACGGACACGGGGAAGGCGCAUAAAGAUGUGGGGAGGCUGGUGAGUUUGGAUAAGGACGAGGUUGUGAUUGAGGUGAAGACGGAGAAGGGGGAGAGAGUGAGGCUGCAUGCGCCGAGGCAUGGGUAUAAGUUGAGGAGGUUUGAUGGUGAGGCGAAGGGCGAGGCGAAAUUGUAG